AAAGUCCCCACCUACGAGUACUACGGCUUCGCGCUGUACAUGGUGUCGUCGGCGGCGUUCCUGAUGUACCUGCUCUGGGCGUUCCUGCCGUCGCCGUUCCUGCACGAGCUGGGGAUCUACUACUACCCGAACCGAUGGUGGGCGCUGGCUGUGCCGGCGUGGCUAGUCGUGCUGCUGGGGUAUGUCUAUGUGGCGCUGGCGAGCUAUAAUACGCAGCGGUUGACGUUGCCGAUGAAGAGUAUCGAGAAUUUGGUGGACGAGGCGGCGCAGGUGGCGGUGGUGGAU